UUGGGGCAGCUCCUAGCGCUCGGCCCUGCUCGGCGGCGAGAGCUCCGCCCGGGCGCCGGGCUUCCACAGCCGCGAGAGACGGCGGGCGCCGAGGGGACGGGCCGACCUCCGCGCACCAUUUGCUGGCCCGGUGCGGGCGGGCGAGCGGCGAGCGCCCGGGAGAGCGGAGAGCCAGGCCAGCCCGGAGUGCGCCGGAGACACCCCGAGCGCCCCGCGUUCUGGCACCAUGCGACCCGCCGCGCGUCCUCCUCGCGGGCCCGGGGCUUCGCUCUCCGCUCGCUGAGCCCCUGCGCUCGCCACCACGGAAACUCGGAAAGAGGAGGCGAGGCUGUGGGGAGCGGCGCGGGGACGGACUAGGCUUCCCCUCCGCCCCCAAGAGGCUGCCGGUCCCCGGUUCCCUGGGCUUCUCCAGCUUUAUCAUGAACCUGGCGCAAGGUUGGCUUUAGGAGAAAUUCAGGAGCCGGAGAGUCAAGGCAAUUCUUUGGUUGCUAAGUGUGAGUGAAGACACUCAGGAUGGCUCAGGGAUCCGGGGAUCAAAGAGCAGUGGGGAUUGCUGACCCAGAGGAGAGUUCUCCUAACAUGAUUGUCUACUGCAAAAUUGAAGACAUCAUUACAAAGAUGCAAGAUGACAAGACAGGGGGUGUACCCAUCAGAACAGUCAAGAGCUUUCUCUCCAAAAUCCCCAGUGUUGUCACAGGUACUGACAUUGUGCAGUGGCUUAUGAAGAACCUUUCCAUUGAGGACCCAGUUGAAGCAAUACACUUGGGAAGCCUUAUCGCUGCCCAGGGCUACAUCUUCCCAAUCUCAGACCAUGUUCUCACCAUGAAGGACGAUGGCACCUUUUAUCGUUUCCAGGCUCCGUACUUCUGGCCUUCAAACUGCUGGGAACCUGAAAACACUGACUAUGCCAUCUAUCUUUGUAAGAGGACAAUGCAGAAUAAAGCAAGACUGGAACUGGCAGAUUAUGAAGCAGAAAACUUAGCAAGACUUCAGAGGGCCUUUGCAAGGAAGUGGGAAUUCAUCUUUAUGCAAGCAGAAGCACAAGUAAAGAUUGACCGGAAAAAGGACAAGACAGAAAGGAAAAUUUUGGAUAGUCAAGAACGAGCCUUUUGGGAUGUCCACAGGCCUGUGCCAGGCUGUGUGAACACAACAGAAAUGGAUAUCCGAAAAUGCCGACGUUUGAAGAAUCCACAAAAGGUUAAAAAGUCCGUGUAUGGCGUGACCGAAGAGUCCCAGUCACAGAGCCCCGUGCACGUACUCAGCCAACCAAUCAGGAAAACUACAAAAGAGGAUAUCCGGAAACAGAUAACAUUUUUGAAUGCACAGAUCGACAGACAUUGUUUGAAAAUGUCCAAAGUGGCUGAAAGCUUGAUUGCCUACACAGAACAAUACAUGGAAUAUGACCCUUUGAUAACACCAGCCGAGCCAUCCAACCCUUGGAUCAGCGACGAUGUUGCUUUGUGGGACAUAGAGAUGAGCAAAGAGCCCAGCCAACAGCGAGUAAAAAGAUGGGGCUUCUCUUUUGAUGAGAUAUUGAAAGACCAGGUGGGACGAGACCAGUUUCUACGAUUCCUGGAGUCUGAGUUCAGUUCAGAAAACCUCAGGUUCUGGCUGGCUGUCCAAGAUCUCAAGAAACAGCCCCUACAGGAUGUGGCCAGGAGGGUAGAAGAAAUCUGGCAAGAGUUUCUGGCUCCGGGGGCUCCAAGUGCAAUCAACCUGGAUUCUCACAGCUAUGAGAUAACCAGUCAAAACGUCAAAGAUGGAGGGAGAUACACAUUUGAAGAUGCUCAGGAGCACAUCUACAAGCUGAUGAAAAGUGACAGCUAUGCCCGCUUCCUCCGGUCAAAUGCUUACCAGGACUUGCUGCUGGCCAAGAAGAAGCCAGAAAGUGAGCAAGGUCGUAGAACUUCCCUAGAAAAGUUCACUCGCAGUGUGUGCUGCUGGCGCAGAGUCAGAAUGGCCGCUGCAUUUCACCCCCGAGGUGGCUUCCUUCCAGCAGUGGGGAAAGUCGCUGGCGGGCAAGCGCCUCACGGGCCUGAUGCAGUCCUCCUGACUGUCCCCAGCGCAGGUCCAGGGCCCGGGCCUGCGGACCCCAUGGGCAGCCGGCGGCGCUCCACCUCCGCGGACAGAGUUUCCUUACGGGGAGAUUUGGUCACUGUGAAGGAGAAAGAGUGAGGGCCAUGACGGGCGACAGUGGGGAGACCUGGUGGGUGAACGGGGAGGCCAGAAGGAAAGAGUCCACAGAGCCCGGACUCGGCCCGGCGGCGGCGCCUGUCGACAGCCCUCUCUUCCUUGUACAGUUGUGUUCCAACACUCCACCCGCUAAGAGGCCCUGAUCCCAGCUCAUUCAGGGCAGAACACAUCACAGGGUUCCUGUCGCAACUACCACUGAGAUUAUAUUAUUAUCCUCACUCCCCCGCUGUCCGGGGGUGCUCACACCUUCUGGCAAGUUCAAGAGGGAUGAGUGGACCAGGAGCACAUCCAGUAUUAUGCAUCACCUCCCUGGCACCUCCCAUAGUCAGUCACCACGUCUGCAUAGCCACCCGGGUGUCACCGCCAGCACCAAG